CAGCACAGGAAGGUUACAUGAACGUUACCAUUCAUGACGACGGAGGAAGUGAAUGUAUCAGCCAGUUAGCAUUUUGCUCUGAACAACAGCCAAGUUAUACAACUUACACCGUACUCAAUAAGAGACCGCAUCUUCAAGGAUUGCCAGAUGGAUUCUCCUCGGCAAUCUAAGAAGCCUAACCUAAACAGAGAGCCGAAGCGCAGCCAGAAUCAGUCAGGCACUCCUCCUCAGAAAGAUGCCUACGCCAGGCUUCUCAGUCAGCACCGCAGCGCCAAGUUCAGUAUGUAUUUAGAACAAUAUGCAAAGGAGUCGUCACUUCAAAGGGAUGGACCUGGGCCGAGCACAGUGCUCAAGGCUCAGAGUGACAAGCUGAAUAUACCACAGCGAAAAAGGGACCAACUGCCAAAUGACUUCUCUGAUUCAAGUGACUUUUCCCCCUCAUCCAUGAAAAGUAAAGGAGAGGAGAGCUCCCUGUCUUUGUACAUGGAAAAACUAAGCAGUCGCAAUGCACAGCAGGACUGUGAAAGGAAGAUGGGUGUGUCUGACAGGCAGCGACGGGGACAGAGAAGGGACACCACCACCAGCCAAGAUGGAGACAUUGAGUCGGGUGAGGAGCUCAGUUCUUUAAAACCAAAUGACUCGAAGAAACACCAGAGGCAGCAGAAGAAAAACAAAGACGCCAACAGAGAUGUCGCCUCAAAGGAAACUGACCCAGUCAUUGGACAGUGCCCCCUGUCCCCAAACAAAGCCAGUACAAAUAGACAGGAACAAGAGAAGACGAAGAAGUCAAAGAAAAAGAAUCCCAAGCAUCCUGAGGAGGAGAAGGGCAGAGAUGGGAUGUUAAUAUCUGGGGUUGAUGCUCACAUGUCAAGGCCCAAGUCCCCUCAUGGUAAAGACAAACUGCAACAACCCAGAGCUUCAAGUGCCAAUUCUCCUGCUGACAAGAGUAAGAACAAAGGAGGCAGAGGAUCAAAGAAGCAAGUGUUUGAAGCCUACAUGACCUCCGAGGAAGUUUCCCAUGGCCUUAAAAGAGGAGAACUCAUUCAGGGACAAUUACGAAUCAACCCCAAGAAGUACCAUGAAGCUUUCAUUCCAUCUCCUGAUGACACGAGGGAUAUAUUUCUGGAUGGGAUUGUAGCUCGCAACAGAGCACUAAAUGGAGACGUAGUAGUGGUGCGAGUCCUACCUCGGGAGCAGUGGAAGGUUGUGAGGUCUGAUACUGACUGCGAGGGUGCCAGUGAGUCAGACACGCAGAAAGAAAACAUGAUACAAAAAGCACAGAACAAGACAGAGCGCCCCCCGAGGCUUGAAGUUGCUGUGGAAGACCGGUGUAGCGACCAGGAUGAGCUCAUCACCAGAGUUCAGAAUGUCACCCUCACUCACCCAGGGGAACCUCUGGAAGACCCCUCAACUCCACAGUCCAAUGGGGAAAUACUCCAAAAGACCGCUAAAGUGGUGUACAUUGUUGAGAAGAAACACUCAAGAGCUGUGACAGGCUUCCUGAAAUUUCUACCAGACAAGCCUUUCGCCAUGUUCUCCCCUGUGGACCACCGUGUGCCACGGAUCAACAUUCCCCUGACUGACUGUCCCGAAGACUUUUCUUCCCGCCCAGGUGACUACACCAGCACCUUGUUCAUCUGCCGUAUCACCAACUGGGCAGCCGACAGCAACUUUGCAGAAGGUCAACUGGCUAAGACACUGGGUCAGGCCGGGGAAAUCGAACCAGAGACAGAGGGCAUCCUGACAGAGUACGAUGUUGAUUUUUCUGAGUUCCCAGAUGAGGUGUUAGACUGCUUACCGAAGAACCUGCCCUGGACCAUCCCACCUGAGGAGAUGAGCAAGAGGAAAGACCUUAGGAGGGAGUGUAUCUUCACAAUCGAUCCUGCUACUGCCAGAGAUUUGGACGAUGCCCUGUCCUGUAAACAGCUUCCAGAUGGUAACUUUGAGGUGGGGGUCCACAUUGCUGAUGUGAGUUAUUUUGUGGAGGAGGGCAACGCGCUGGACGUCAUUGCCAGCCAACGAGCAACGAGUGUGUACCUUGUUCAGAAAGUGAUCCCCAUGUUGCCAAGGCUGCUGUGUGAAGAGCUGUGCAGUCUGAACCCUAUGGCCGACAGACUCACCUUCUCUGUCAUUUGGAAAAUCACACCAGAGGGGAAGAUUCUGAGCGAGUGGUUUGGCCGCUCAGUGAUCCGUUCCUGCGUGAAGUUGAGUUACGACCAUGCUCAGAGCAUGAUUGAGGCCCCUGAGAAGAUGUUCUCUGCUGAAGAGCUGCCACCCGUGGACCCCAAGUACCCCAUUGAUGAGAUUCACCAGGCUGUACUCAACCUGCACUCUAUUGCUAAGAACCUCAGAGCUCAGCGCUUUUCUGGAGGAGCUCUCAGACUAGACCAGUUGAAACUGUCUUUUACCUUGGACAAAGAGACCAUGAUGCCUCAAGGCUGCUACGUUUACCAGUACAGAGACAGUAACAAGUUGGUUGAGGAGUUCAUGCUACUGGCUAACAUCGCCACAGCCAACCACAUUUACCGCCGCUUCCCUGAUCUGGCCCUGCUCAGACGCCACCCUCCACCCAAGACCAAGAUGGUGGAUGAGCUGCAGGAGCUGUGUGACCAGUUGGGCAUUGACAUUGACCUGUCCUCUGCAGGAGCAUUGCAUAGGAGUAUCAAUAUCACUCUUGGUAAUGAUGAGUAUUCCACUGCCAGAAAAGAAGUCCUCACCCACAUGUGCUCCAGACCCAUGCAGAUGGCGUUGUACUUCUGCACAGGUGUACUAAGAGAUGAGCAGCUUUUUAAACACUACGCCCUCAAUGUUCCUCUCUACACUCACUUUACAUCACCCAUCAGACGCUACCCUGACAUCAUUGUGCACCGGCUGCUGGCAUCCUCACUGAACUGUGGGUCUAGGUUAGGGCUGUCAACAGAACAAGUCCAAAAACAGGCAUCACACUGUAACGACAAGAAGACUGUGUCCAAAAGAGUCCAGGAGCUCAGCUCUGAGCUGUUCUUUGGAGUGUUUGUAAAGGAGUGUGGCCCUCUGGACUCUGAGGCCAUGGUGAUGGGGGUGCUGGAUCAGUCAUUUGAUGUGCUGGUUCUCCGCUACGGAGUGCAGAAACGCAUCUACUGCAAGUCUGUCACGGGCCUGGACUCAUUCCACCAUCGUAAGGUGGGGAAGAAAUCAGAGCUGACUCUGGUCUGGACACCAGAGGACCCAGAGAGAGGUCCAGUAGAGCAGGUCAUUUCCAUCUUCACAUUAGUGGAGGUGCAGCUCAAAGCGGACAGUGCGCCCAUGAAAUACAGUGCAGUGCUCAAGAGGCCUGAUGAGAAUGGAUCAUAAACAAUUACAUAUGCCCUUGAGCACACAAAAGCUUAUAUGGAAGAUUGGAAUUGCACAUUUUCUUUUUGAUUGAUAAGACUAGACACAGGGCUGUGCGAUAUGACCCAAAUCUCAUACCCCCAUACAGGUCGUUUCAUAUCCAGAUAAUAAUACAUAUUACAGUAUAGCACGUUUUCGGUAAAUUCAAUUAAUGGAUAGUUUAUAUGACCAGAUGGAAAGGCCUAUUUCUUAUUUCAUUUUGAAUGAUAUACUUGACAAAUAAAAGGUUCUUACUCGUAUUUGA